AUGGGUCUGAUUGAUAAACUGCAAGCUAAGCUCGAGCUUUACCGCUUGGAGCAGCGAUAUGCUCGUCGCAAGCAUCGUACCACUUUCUCCACAGGCGCCCAGUACGUCGAUGGCGAGUACGUGUAUCAGGCUGGUGCCCGCUCCCCCAACAGCACCGGCUCCAAGCAAUCCAGCGGCAGCUGGCGACCAUCGGUCCUGCGCGGGACGCAGGAAUCCCGCUGGCGCUGA